AUGAUCUAUCGUAGAUGUUUACUGCUUUUUAUUGUUGUAUUUUUUGAAACCAUAAGUGCAUUACCUCAAUAUAUUUAUCGUCAUCAAACAAAUUCGCCGAAAAAUAAUGAUCCUGCCUAUCAACGACUGUCGGUUGGAUCAAACGCUCUAAGUGGUUCUAUUUCAGGUACCUACAAUUAUGGGGCUGGAGUUGGUCCACGCUAUGACUCAUUUAUACCAAUUCAAAAUCGUCCUAAUGGAGGUGGUAUUUUGCCAAUAAGUUAUAAUGCUGGCUCUAAUAUAAAUAAAGACCUUAUAAAUCCAAAUCUACAGCAACAACAGCAUAAAAAUUAUUUGUACAAUAAUAAUAACGCUUGGCAACCACUAAAUACGAAGAAUUAUUAUAAUCAACCUUCCAAUCGUUAUCCACACGGCAGUCAAGGAUGGUAUGCAACUGGUGGUAACUUUUUGUACAAUAAUGCACAAUCUAUAGCUGCGCAUCCUUAUCUUUUGAUGCUAAGUAUUUCGAUUUUAGUUAUUUGUGAAUAA